CCUGAGUGAGAGUGUGACACGUGACUCGCCUGAGAGAGUCUGACACGUGACUCGCCUGAGAGAGAGUCUGACACGUGACUCGCCUGAGAGAGAGUCUGACACGUGACUCGCCUGAGAGAGAGUCUGACACGUGACUCGCCUGAGAGAGAGUCUGACACGUGACUCGCCUGAGUGAGAGUCUGACACGUGACUCGCCUGAGUGAGAGUAUGACACGUGACUCGCCUGAGUGAGAGUCUGACACGUGACUCACCUGAGUGAGAGUGUGACACGUGACUCGCCUGAGUGAGAGUCUGACACGUGACUCGCCUGAGAGAGAGUCUGACACGUGACUCGCCUGAGAGAGAGCCUGACACGUGACUCACCUGAGAGUCUGACACGUGACUCACCUGAGAGAGAGUCUGACACGUGACUCGCCUGAGAGAGAGCCUGACACGUGACUCACCUGAGAGUCUGAGAGUCUAAUUCUGACUCCUGUCCCCCUUUGCGAUAGAAUCAUGAGAGGAAUGAAGUGAGACGGGAUUUCUAAUGGAAACUAAAUUCUAUUUUUGAUUUCAUCAAGAUCCUCUGGGCGUAGCUACCAAUGAUGAUCGCAGUAUCAGUGGAGCUCCUGUAAACAUUUAAUCACAAUUGCUUUUUACUGGGAUUGGAAACACAAGGUGCCACUGCCGAGAGGACGAAGAAUGCAGACUAUUAAGUGUGUUGUGGUGGGCGACGGGGCGGUGGGCAAGACCUGCCUCCUCAUCUCCUACACCACCAACGCCUUUCCCGAGGAGUACAUCCCCACCGUGUUCGACAACUACAGCGCUCAGAUGAGCGUGGACGGCCGUUCGGUCAGCCUCAACCUGUGGGACACGGCGGGGCAGGAGGAGUACGACCGCCUGCGCACGCUCUCCUACCCGCAGACCAACGUCUUCAUCAUCUGCUUCUCCAUCGGCAGCCCCUCGUCCUUCGCCAACGUGCGGCACAAGUGGCACCCCGAGGUGUCCCACCACUGCCCCAGCGUUCCCAUCCUUCUGGUGGGCACCAAGCGGGACCUGCGCUCGGACGCGGAGACGCUGAAGAAGCUGAAGGAGCAGGGACUGGCGCCCACCUCUCUCCAGCAGGGCGGUUCUACUUCAGUAUAUCUUUAG